AUGCACUCUUUGGCUCCGCCUGAUGUCUAUCAACAUGUGAUUGUUCGUGGCCUGCCUUACGACCGAGGGCUCUCCCAUGGAUAUCAAGUCAAGGACAAGAUUUUACGGAACAUUGCUUACUACAAACAGCCCGGUAAACUCGUGCCGCUGCAUUUGGCUGCGAAAAUCAUCCGAGAAUGCUAUAUUCCUGGUCUGCGAAAAUACUGGCCAUCAGGACUCGAAGAGAUGCGCGGUGUUGCCGCGGGUGCUGGCGUUGAUCUUGAAGAUAUCGUAAUGCUCAACGCUCGGUACGAUUUGUCGCAUUUCCACACGUCUCCAGCAGAACCAAAAGGCACCAUAGACGAUGCAAGUGGUUGCAAUGGUGUAACUACAAAUGGAUUUUCGUCAGCCGCACCACCAGAGUGCACCAGUGCCAUAUUCCUUUCUGAGGCUACUUGCAACGGACAUGUCUUCACUGCUCAGAACUGGGAUAUGUCCCAUCGUCUCUAUACAGAGGAUUCAGUUAUCUAUCUCGAGGUUCACCCUGACCCAAGCGAAAAUAUACCCUCCAUGUUCAUCGUAACCGAAGCAGGUCAGCUAUGCCGAUCAGGAAUCAACUCCGCCGGACUUGGCCUCACAGCCAAUUCACUCCAGAGUUCAAUGGACGAGGGCCCAGUGCCAGUAGCGGAAAACUCCGGCCUAACCUCAGCCUACCCUGAAAUACCUCCGUGCAGCGCCUUACGACGACUCUUCCUAGAACAGUCCAACUUUGCAGACGGUUUAAAGCGUAUCGCUCGCACGCCGCGGCAUGUUUCCAGCAAUAUCAUGGUUUCGACGGCAGAGAACAUAGGCCUGUGUCUCGAAGUGACUCCUAAGACAAUCUUUAGAGUGUCUAUAUCCUCCUCAUCCACACCUCCUUAUUUGAUCCAUAGUAACCAUUUUCAAACCCCGCAAUUCCUCGCACAGUCUGAAGUUUUCGAUACAUACGGUGGGGGCAGCUCCUGGUAUCGAGGGGAUAGAUUGGAGGCUGGGGUGAAACAAAAGGCCUGCCGAGGGGCGUUGACAGAUUCUGAUAUUAUUAAUGCGUUUCAGGAUCAUGCUGGGUAUCCGCAUAGCCUGUGUGAACACACGACAGAAGGACAUAAGAAGAUUGGCGCAUCGGUAAAUAACGAGGUGGGCCCGUACUCAGGGCCGACGUCGACGGUGUGCUGUGUGCUCUAUAAUUUAUCAAAAAGGUCUGUGAGGACCCAAGAAAACAUUUAA